UAUGAUCCCUAUCCACGGCUCCCGGGACACAGCAAAACGAUCUCACAUUCCCUUCUCGGAUUCUUCUUGUGCUCAUCUCUUCACUCGGAUUCCGCUUCCAACGGACCCACCAAGAUCCCUUGUUGUUCCCCUGACAUCUUACUCCCUUUUUAACUCCGCGUCCAUGAAUGUUCGUCUGAAUUUUGCCAACUCACAUAAUCCAUUAUGCUUCUUGUGUUAGGUUGAGAGUAUUUCGUUUUCCUUCUCUCUUUUCCGGUUUCCCUCUGCAUCUUAAUUCUGGAAUACAAGACUCAGAUCCCGCAAGGAUUUUCUCUCCAGAAAGUACACAGUGCUUCUUACAUUUGGAUAUAUAUAUAUCUGCAUACAAACAAUGGCUUGUCACAAGUCUGAGCCCAGCUUCUUGAAGAACUUUCAGAUCCCUAGCUACAUACUUGUACCGGAGUCAUCAAAGGGUGAGAUCAAUCAUGAUGCACCUUCAUGCCCAGUGCUAGUUUUUACUAACUCCAAGAGUGGUGGUCAGCUGGGAGGGGACCUUCUUAAAACGUAUCGUUCUCUUCUCAAUGAAAAACAGGUUUUUGAUUUGGGGGAAGAAGCUCCUGAUAAGGUGCUGCGUGGAGUCUAUGCUAACUUUGAAAAGCUCAAGCAGCAGCAUGAUCAGUUUGCUGUACGGACUAUGGAGAGGUUGAAAUUAAUUGUUGCAGGGGGAGAUGGAACUGCAGGCUGGCUUCUUGGUGUUGUUUGUGAUCUCAAAUUAUCUCAUCCUCCACCGAUAGCCACAGUUCCCUUGGGAACAGGGAAUAAUCUUCCUUUUGCAUUUGGUUGGGGGAAGAAGAACCCAGGAACAGAUGAACACUCGGUUGAAUCAUUCUUAAAGCAAGUCAUGGAAGCUAAGGAAAUGAAAAUAGACAACUGGCACAUUCUCAUGAGGAUGAGGAUUCCGAAAGAUGGUUCCUGCGAUCCCAUAGCGCCUCUUGAACUGCCGCGUUCUUUACACGCAUUCCAUCGUGUAUCUGAGGCAGAUGAACUGAAUAUGGAAGGUUGCCACAGUUUCCGUGGGGGAUUUUGGAACUACUUCAGCAUGGGAAUGGAUGCUCAAAUAUCUUACGCAUUUCAUUCAGAACGAAAGAUGCAUCCAGAAAAGUUUAAAAAUCAACUAGUUAAUCAGAGUACAUAUGCUAAGCUUGGAUGCACACAAGGAUGGUUUACGGCCUCCCUUUGCCAUCCAUCUUCCAGCAACAUAGCACACAUGGUAAAAGUGAAAAUCAUGAAAGCACAUGAUCAUGGUGAGUGGCAAGACCUGCACAUACCUUCCAGCAUCAGGUCAAUUGUAUGUCUUAACCUGCCUAGCUUUUCUGGUGGAUUGAAUCCUUGGGGCAUGCCAAACGGAAAGAAGUGUCAUGAGAGAGAUUUGACGCCACCCUUUGUAGAUGAUGGUCUUCUAGAGAUUGUUGGCUUUAGAGAUGCCUGGCAUGGGCUUGCUUUGUUUGCUCCCAAUGGACAUGGCACGCGUCUUGGUCAGGCCCACAGAAUCCGCUUUGAAUUUCACAAGGGAGCAGCAGAUCAUACCUACAUGAGGAUUGAUGGAGAACCCUGGAAGCAACCUCUCCCAGUUGAUGAUGAUACCGUUGUGGUAGAGAUAUCUCACCUUGGCCAGGUCAACAUGCUUGCCACUCAUGAUUGCAGGUCUAAAAGUGUGCAUGAUGCGUCAGCAACACACGAUGAUCAUGUGGAGGAAGAUGAUAGUCAAGAUGAAGACUCUACAGCUGAGGAGUAUCGCAAGUUUGGCGCAGCAGAUUCAUUUAAAAUCCCAGAUGAUGUCGAUCUCUCUCAUAUUAGUUAGGCAUUUCGCCGCUAAAGCCGCUAAAUAUGGUGUUUCUACUGCCUAGGAGGCAAGGUUGAUAUUUCUUACCCCGAUGUGAUAUUAAUGCGGCAACCUUUAUAAUAAACAUUUCAGUAUUACGUUGUUGGUUGCUGUCUUCAAUUUGGAAAAUAGGGUUCAAUUUAUUUAUGAAUCUGAAUAAGAAGCCUUGAACUUGAAGGUUUUUUCUUUUAGUAUGUUGGGCCCAGAAUAAUGGAGUGCACUUUCUCCCUAUUUUAUUGUGAUAAUUACUGAUAUUA